UUUGACAGCUCGAAUCUGAUUGGUUGUUGCGGUUUGAAGCCUUGGAGAUGAUGUUCAUGGCUACCUGACUGUAUUUGUUCUCUAAUGGAGAUCUGAAGUGGAUAUGAAUAUGGAUGCAGAACACAAAGGCUGUUUUAGAUCUACAAGACAUUAAUGAACGGGACACAGGAGCGUCUGACGCCCGUACUGCGAGAUGUGACAGGAUGCUGAACCAUCACUGCAGAAGGAACCCAGAGUUGCAGGAGGAGCUGCAGAUCCAGGCGGCAGUGGCGGCCGGCGAUGUCUACACGGUCCGCAAGAUGCUGGAGCAGGGCUACUCGCCCAAGAUCAGAGAUGCCAACGGCUGGACGCUGCUGCACUUCUCUGCGGCCAAGGGCAAGGAGCGCUGCGUGCGCGUGUUCCUCGAACACGGAGCGGAUCCCACAGUGAAGGAUUUCAUCGGAGGCUUUACAGCUCUGCAUUAUGCUGCCAUGCACGGCCGUGCCCGCAUCGCCCGCCUCAUGCUGGAGUCAGAGUAUCGCAGCGACAUCAUCAACGCCAAGAGCAACGACGGCUGGACCCCUUUGCAUGUGGCGGCCCACUACGGCCGCGACUCCUUCGUGCGUCUCCUCUUAGAGUUCAAAGCCGAGGUGGACCCGCUUAGUGACAAAGGCACGACGCCGCUUCAGCUGGCGAUUAUCCGCGAGCGUUCCAGCUGCGUUCGCAUUCUGCUCGAUCACAACGCCAACAUAGACAUUCAGAACGGCUUCUUGUUGCGCUACGCUGUCAUUAAGGGCAACCACUCGUACUGUCGCAUGUUCCUGCAGCGGGGAGCGGACACUAACCUGGGCCGGCUGGAGGACGGACAGACGCCGCUGCACCUGUCGGCCCUCAGAGACGAUGUGCUGUGUGCUCAGAUGCUGUACACGUACGGAGCCGAUACGAACACGCGGAACUACGAGGGCCAGACCCCCGUGGCCGUUUCCGUCAGCAUGUCUGGCAUCAGUCGACCCUGUCUGGAUUUCCUGCAGGAGGUCACAAGGCAACCCAGGACUUUGCAGGAUCUGUGCAGGAUAAAGAUCCGGCAGUGCAUCGGCCUGCAGAGCCUAAAGUUUCUGGAAGAUCUGCCCAUUGCCAAGGUCAUGAAGGACUACCUAAAACACAAGUUUGACAAUGUUUGACGGAAGCCGACAAACUCAUUUCUGUAGGUUCCCUUAAGACUCUAUGCAAACUCUCUUUUUUCAUUUCUACUCAAAACCUCUGGGAGCAGGUGCAGCGUUUUGUACAAGCGGAGUGAAAAAGCCUCUUUACGGAGUAACGACUGUGGAUCGGGGAGCACUGAAAUGGCCAUGUUGAUUUGUUCGUAGAAGGUGUCGUUUCAUGCAUGCCUGGAGAAAUUCCUGACCCGUGAGAAAAGAAAAAUGCGGAUGUUUGUACCAAAUAUCUUUUUUGUUCUUAAAUCAACAAGGCCUUUGUAAGUAUAUGACAUUUUCUAUUUUCUAAAUUCUCAGACAAAGAAAAAGAUAAAAACCCUUUUAAACUAUCGAGACAAAUUGGCAAAUGUUCAGGUCGCCCUCACAAUUUUGUAUGCAUGUGCUAUUGUCCUUUUUGCUCUGGAGAAACCACAGUUCUUUGGUCCGUUAAGUUAUUAAACCUCUGUUGAGAAUCCAAUUUGUUCGUAUUAAACAACAAAAUCAUACCAAAAAACCCACAAGCUCUCCGUACAUUUCAGUUUUUUUAAAGAAUGCCUCAUUUAAUUUAAUUUAAAAAAUUUUUAUUUACAUGUUAAUUAAGAUUCAGUAUCAGAGGUUCUUGGCUUGAGUUUUCAUUAAAAGGUAAAGAAAAAGUUCUAGUCACGAGAGGUCUAUAGGUGAACGUAUAUAUACAAGCAUAAAUCAUUAACAAACUUUAUGUAAAUAAUUGUCAUAUGUACAGCAGAUAUUUUUAGACUAUUUAAGCCACAAGCUUGUGUUAUCAAAGUGUUUUGGGGGUUUUGUUGAGUGGUUUUGUGCUUUUCAUGUGACUUGUCAAGGGCUUUCAUGUGGGAACGUGAAAAUUAAACGGAAAAUUAGAAUCGAUUACAGCUAUAAGUAAUGCUUAAUUUUAAUUGGCCAUAAUUUCUUUAAGAUUUAUUUUUAUGCACAUGAAAAAUCACUUAAAUCUUUGCAAUCAGUAACUUAAUAUUUCAUUUUGUUUUUUAAUGAUUUGAAAUGCACUUAAAGUACAUAUAAACAUUUGUCAAACCCGCUUGUAAGGUCUGCAUAGCAUUAAGUUCGUUCAGUUCAUUUGACACUUCUUCAAGCAAGCGUUCAGUUUGUUUCAUACAUUUAUUUAUUUAUUUUUUUUUAUUUUUUUUCCCCUUUAAAAUCUCAAUCAGUGCAAGACAGUUUUGUGGGAGAUACUUGUGUGAUCACUCUUUAAAUGUCAGGACUCUAAACAGACUCUCAUUUACUGUUACUCAAAACUAUUUUAUCCAAACCUUUUGUAACACUAGCUGCCUUUACUUGCAGUACAGCUACAGCAUUUCAUCAUGAACUCAAUUCAAGAGCAUUAAAGUUACCUGCCACAAAAUUUAAAUGAUCUCUUUUUUUUGUUGCAUUUAGGUUCAGUUUAGUGUGUUUUGGGCGUUUGUUGGGACCGAAACCGUCUCUGGAUGACUGCUUGUUACCAUAAUGUAUUGAACUUCAGAACAAAGUUUGGAGGACUGAUUUGAGAGCGAGGGAAUGUUAUAUGGGAAUUUAUUAAGCGGAAGUCUUCCACAACUUCAACUACUGAAUGUAUAUAAUCUGCUGUUUGCGAGUUUCACUUGUACAUUUGUGUGAAUAAAUGGAUCUCAUAAUGUCCCCAUUUGUUAUUUUUCGAAGUCUUAUUGCUGUACUUUGAAGCAGUAAUUGUGCCGUGUUCAUCGAUUUGCAUCCAUUUUUCUAGUUUGAUGACUUUCUAAUAAAAUAUCUGCUAAAUAUGCUGA